GAAGGCUAAUACGCGAACACUCAUGCCCUACUCUUGGUCUUCACCUUUUAAUGACCUUUAGACCAACGAGGACCUCACCCGUUUCCAAAAUCUCAAGUCUUGCCCAUUCAUUGCUUGAAUCCGGGGAUUUGACGCGAUCGUCUGCGGUUUCGAUUCAGGAGCUCGUUGGUUUAAGCACCUACGAUGUCGAACUCAUAGACGCCAUUGUCGACCGUGCUGGACCAGAAUCGAGUACUUUCCCCGCCAUAUUCGCUGCAUACAACGCUAUACUGAAGGAAUGGGACGUGGAUCCGUCGGAGGUCAUUUAUUAUGGGAAACUGCUCAAGCUGGGGACGUUGAAGGGAUCCAGUUGGAGUCAGAAAUGGCAGGCAGUGAAGGAGCAGCAAGGAUAUGGGAUCAGAGCUGCACGCACGAAGCGGCGAGUUGCCCCAACGCUUCCUCUCCACUCUCCGGUCUCUCCCUUUCCUCGCUCGCUGCAAUUGGACGAUGAUACCACGGCGAGCGAAAGAAGUGAAGCACGCUCUCCAGCUCCGCAAUAUCAUCAGACCAGACGACGGGGCUUCUCACCUACGCCAUCCGAACAAACCUCGGUAAUCUCAAGCCCGAGUGAGUAUCUAUCGCGGAGGCACCAACCUGCGCCACUCAUGCGGAUUCCGGCCGGCAGCGACCAAUCCGACACAACGGAAGGCCCCGCUGUUCCAUCAACGACUCCGCCCUCAUAUAGAGCGAUCAUGCGUGAUCCACCUCCUGUUUCGUUGCCGUCCAAACGACCGAGUGCAUCUUCUCUUGCUGUGGCACGAGAAAAGCUUGCCCAGGUCAGACAGCGCGGUGGAAGUGUUACGAACGAGGACGAUGCCUGGAAGAAAAUCAAGAUGAUCGAGGACGAAAAGCUUGCAGACAGAGUGCGAAACGAGAAGCUGGUCGAAAGGUGUUGGGAUGUAUGGAAACAAGGUUUUGAUUGGAUUGCAACCACCAGUGAUCAGGUUGCCGAUGCUCGGGACAAUGUCACAUUGCGGCUUUGUAUGCAUCGAUGGAAACUAAGGGCGGCCGAAUCCCAGCAACUGCAAGACCGUAUUGUCCGUCUUGCAAACCAGCGCGUUUUACAGUCCAUCUUCAAAGCAUGGAAGGCCAAGGCCAGAGAACGCGCCCAAGCACGUUGGAGGGCCUCUAUGCGAGCGAAAAUGAAGACCGUCCGAGAUAAAAGGGAACACAAGCUUUUGAUGAACGCCUUCGGGAUCUGGAGUGAACGCUAUCGAGCAAGAUUGGCUGAUCAGCACUACGUUAUGACCUUGCUCGUCCGUUUCUAUUCUCGCUGGAGGCACCGUUUGGGGCAUUUAGAACAUCUCGACGACUAUGCCCAAUCAUUUCUCAGGACAUUGGAUAACGGUGUGCUAGAGCGACGAUGGUUCUAUUGGAAGCAUGCCGUCCAGCUUCAAAUGGCAGAACACAUGGUCGUCCGCAACGUCGCUCUGAGACUCAAAAGUCAAGUCUUGGACAUUUGGCGAAGGAGAUUGGAAAACAACCAUGUUGCAGACCUUCAGCACCAGUCUUUUUAAAGAGGCGAUCCAUUCUUGGAUGGAAAAAAGCUCGGCACAGGUUGGAAUUCAUGAACGAGAAGGCCAUCAUGCAUGUAUCACUGAAGGACGAGCGGCUAUUGAAGGCCAAAUAUUCACUAAUGCGAAUUCGAUAUUUUGGCCGGCGCUUGGAGGUGAUUGCUGGACAACGAGGACUGGUCGAUGCGUGGAACCUAUGGAAAGACCAGUUACAGGCAGCCAAAGCUCGCGAAGCCAUUGCAGUCGCCCAUUCUCUCCAAACCAACUCUGUGUUGGCUGUAUCUGCGUUGGAAAAAUGGAGGAAUGUCUACUUGAGCCAUCAGAAUGCUCAAUCCUUCGCUGACCAACGGUACGACUCGGUGGUGCAAGCCAAGCUUCUCUUCGCAUGGCGAAUCAAACUACGGGAAAAGUACAAGUUGAUGCGUCGGGCUCGUGCUUUGUUCAACCACCUGGUGCUCCGAUCAGCCUGGGGUCGGAUGCGUGAAAGCUUGGCAGAGAAAAGACGUGUCAACAAACUGAAGCUCGUCGAGGCUCGCAAAGUCCAACGUGUCUUCGUAGUCUGGCGAGAAAUGGCUUGCAGGAUGCAGAACAUGAGACGGGUGCAGGCGGUGGUUCGACUGGCCAUAUUGGAGCGAGCCCUGCGCAAGUGGACCGAUCGGACCAUAGAAGUGAAAAAUCGCGAGUUACAGAUCGUCCUCGAUCGCAAAAGCACAUUACUACAGAGGACCUACAACAAAUGGAAGUGGGCGCGCGGUCGACACAUUGAGGAGGUCAGCCUUUUAGAAAGUUACAAUCUUGUCAAGAGAGAAGAGGACAUUCGUAAAAUCUUCCAUCGCUGGCUAGCAGCUGCUCGUACAACGCGGCAUCGCCGAAUCACUCUGGAACGCAGGGAAGCUGAGAUGCAGCUGAGCAUAGUGGCUGUGGCUUGGGGAAGGUGGCGAGAGCAAUUCAAGAAUCGACAGCUCCAGCCCAUUGAAUAUGAUGUGAUCUUGCAACGCCAGCAUAAUACACUUUAUCAUGUGUUCAUGCUGUGGCAGUCGAAGGCUCAGACUCUGCCUGCUAUCCGGUUCAACGCUAGGCGUGUCAAGACAGCACAUUGGAAGAUAUGGCUCCAAGCUUUACCUCGUGCUCUCCAACACAAGGAGGCCAAAGAAAUCGACAGGAGAAGAAUGCUCACAAAGUCUCUCAGACACUGGAGUGAGGCUUACCGGACCAAAAUUGCCCUCAAAGCAGUGGCGAGAGCAAGAUAUAUGCGGCUUCCUACAGCCAUAAAACACGUCCCAGCGCGAUCAACUGUCGCUUCUCGACCAACGAUCCCUGCGCCCGCCACACGCAGUGUCUUUCCGCGUCGCAGGACCAACACUGAAGAUCAAAGUAGUGUGGGGAGCGAGGAUGAAGAAAGAUUCACCGAGCCCAGUCGCUGGCGUCAGCAUUCGCGACCAAGAAGUGUACGUUCAGAGAUUAGUUCUCCGAGACGUCCCCAGCCCAUACCGGUCACUCGCGCCUCGAGUCCGGCGCGAUCCACCUUUGCACCCAGGUCGGUCAUCUUCCCCCCGCGACCGUCAAGCUCUACUGCAGGUGAUGACGGUCGGGCGCCAACCAGUCUGCUGCACGAACUUCGUCAGCUCCAAAUGCGCGGUAAAAGUCCUUCCGAGCGAUCACGAACCAGAGAGCCACCAUAAGUCUCCACACCACCUCUGCCCCCGCUAUUUAUCUCUCUAUUUAUGGCACGUUUGUAAUUCUACACCCUUGUACAUUAUGCUGUCGCAUUGCUUUUCAUCGAGCUGUCAUCUGUGUUCACGAAUUUUGAUAGUAUUGCCACCCAACCCAGUUUGCAAUCACGAAAUAUGCUGUUGUGGGUAUCAAGAAGAGAGCGAAGUACUUGUAAUGGUCGUCUCUUGCGAGCGAAUCAAGUAUCUAGAAGUGAUGAGCCAUGAGUAUUGCUUCAGAAUGACGUUGGCUACAGGAACACCAGUCAGCGGGAGUAGUCUGCUCAAAAGAAUGGCAUAGAGGUUGAAGCAGAAGAACACAGUGGAUGACAGUAGGAUGAGGUGACCCGAUUUCAUGAGACUUGGUAGGAAACAGAGUUCGUCAAGGAUUUGCCCUUGUUUACAAAAGGAUCUGGUUACAACUUACCUCAGCCCUCACCAUUCAAGCGGCGCCAUGUCUACCCAUUCUCAGUAUCCCGCUGAGCACUCUGAGAAACGCGUCGAUGAUCUGGAUCGCAGUACCGUCACAGAUGUGGAGGGGAACGAUUCUCAGGCUCCCAUUCGUCCCGCGGACUCCUCAUCUCUCUACGCGGGUGAGGAUUCAGAACCAUUUGAAAGGUCUACAGCCCCUACCCUGUCGCCCAAACUACCCGAAAUCUCUGGCGGAUUAGAGCUAGACCUGGACUCGAUACUGAUGCCCUCUAAUCCGGAGCCAACUCCAGCGACCGAUAAAGUGAAGAAAAGGGCUAGCAACGUUCUAAAGCUAUCUCAAGAGAACGAGAAGCUGAAAGCAGAGCUCAAAGCCAUGUCCGAUCGACUCGAGGCCGCCGAGCGACGUCGGCAGCAACUAGCGAGGAAAGAACAACACGUAGUUGAGCCACCUACGAGCUAGACCAUGGCGCGAGAAACAGAACCGGAACCGAAUGGAUAAUGACGACAAUUGUAUUUCUCCUACCCCUGCGGAAUUGUGUACUAUAUAUUGGUAUACCCAGAGUGCUCAAGCUGCUUAAUUUUGAAUGUGCGUAUGCAUCUGGUCAUUAUUUUAAGCCCGGACCAAGUAUUUGAGAUGGCUGAUCGGCUAUGAUCAUGACGUAUGGUAGAUAGUAUCUCUCCACGGACUCCGAAACCGACCGGAAUCACUUCUUAUAAGUACAGUCGUUUCGGCAUUCACCACCACCACGACCUCAAACUCGAUCAUCGAUGGCGACCUCGCGUAGACCCUCAGACCGCAGACUUUCGGACAGACGCAACUCCGGGAUGUCAUCUCGACGUCCCUCCAUCGACCCAUGGAGACUGGUACCCAUGGACAAAGCAAUCCACAUCGGUGGAUCGGACGAUUUCAAUGUCCUCUUCGUUGGGGCUGGAAACAUCAUGUUCGGAUCCGAUGAGGGCCCUUGGAACCACUCUUUCCGUUUCGAACACAAGCUGGGACGGCGUCUCAAGGUAGUCGCGUUGAUCGAUCCCGCCAUCGAGCGGGCGACUGCCGUCUUGCAGAAGAAAUGCGACUCUUUCGUCGUCUCUGCCUACCAAGACACCCGAGUCUUCAAAACCCUCGAGGAUUUUGUGAAGGCCAUGUCUCCUAAGGAUCGGCCUCGUGCGGUUAUCGUCGGCAGUCCCCCCAUGUUCCGUGGCUCUCUUGUUCCAGGGCGCGACAUUGAGAUGCAGAUUUUGAAACACUUCCCCGGCGUUGCUAUGUUCAUCGAGAAACCUGUCGCCACCGGUCCACACCACGAGAUCGCCGACGCGUACACGAUUGCCAAGACCAUUCAAGACUCGCAGACCAUCUGCUCUGUCGGAUAUAUGCUUCGGUAUCUGAAGGCCACCCAGAUGAUGAAGCAGAUCAUCGAAGAAAACAAUCUGACAGUCAUGGCCACGAUCGCGCGUUACGCUUGCGCGUACGAAGCGAUCGCAAAGCCCGAUUGGUGGGACAAGUCAAAGAGUGCGGGCCCGAUCGUGGAGCAGGGGACUCAUUUCUGUGAUCUGUCGCGCUACUUUGGAGGAGAAGUGGACAUCUCGACCGUUUCUGCGCAUUCACUCGAAUGGGACGAGAACGCUGGCCACCUGAGCAAGAUGACCGUGGAUGAGACUAAGAUUCCGCCCGAGAAUCGGAUCCCCCGUGUGACUGCUGCGACUUGGAAGUACGAAAGCGGGGCCGUGGGAAGCUUCACGCAUGUCGUGGCGCUCCAAGGAACGGACUACAGCUGCGAGUUGGAGGUGUACGCCGACGGGUACCAACUGAAGCUGGUGAACCCUUACGUGCAGCCCCUGCUGUAUAUCCGCAAGCCUGGCGACGACCACGAGCAGAUCGUGCGGUUCCCUGAUGACGAUCCCUUUUUCUCGGAGGUUUCGCACCUCAUUGACGUCAUCGAAGACAUUGAAGAAGAUCCUGAAGCAGCCACGAUCCUCAGUUCCUACGAAGAUGCAGUCAAGACGUACGAACUCACGUGGACAAUCCGUGAGGCCAGCGAGCGCUCGCGCGCCGAACAGCUCGCCAAGCAGAAGGCUGCAGCCAAAGCGGCGUGAAAGAGUCGUGAGACCAGAAACUAACCACUGUAUUCAGUCAUGCACUGCAUUUAAGGGGUAGUAGCCAGGGGGUCUGUAGCCGCAGGUAGCCAGGGGGUCUGGCUAUCCCUGGAUCUGACAUAUGGCUACUCUAGGUAGCCAUAGAUGAUUUAUUUUUGAGUCCUAAUGGUCCCCAAACUCAGGAAGGCGAUGUCCAAGCGUUCCCUAAUUGUUGCCGGGUUCAUCAGAAUGAUGUGAUUGUCAUCAACCUCGUGUCCGCUAUUGAUGUUCAAUUGCCGUGCAGAGGUAAACAGGGUCUGGCUAUGACAGGUAUGUAUGAGGUAACAAUAUAUGACAUAAGGGUCUAGGCUACACGUCUGCGGCUGUGGCUAUCCAGAGUAGCCUAGACCUAACCAUAUAUGGCAAGGGCCCUGAUUAAGGGGGGUUAGAUGCAGUGAUGUACUAGAUGUUGUGUGUGAUCAUCAAGAUCAAAGUUGUACGUUGCAGGCAUGUGCUGUGAUAAUGAUUCUGCGUCUUUGUUUCCACCCGAUAAUCAUGAUUGCCCCUCCUUGUGCUUUC